CAUCACGUUGCUGGAGUCCUCAGCUGUCAGACUUUGGCCACCCCGGCGAAGGUUUUUGUUAGCAAACUAACUCGAACUGCUCGGCUUUACUCAAGGUUUAAAGUUGUGCACCUUGCUGCCAAGCGUUUUUUUUAGCAGGUAUUUUAGCGCUAGGCUAGCUCCAAGGGAAAGUGCUUAUUUUUGUCCACCUUUAGAUAUUUGCACCCACGAAACAGCGUUCCUGAGCGGGUUUAAGAGUAGAUGCAGGGAGGGGGGAAUAGAAAAAGGCAAAAGUCUUUGUGCUUCCCUUCCCCCUCAUCAAAGAAAAGGGGAAAUGUCUUUAUCCAAAGGCAAGAAGAGGAACCCAGGGCAGAAGCUACGCAUAGAUGAUCUUCCACCUACACCGCCCCAAGCUACAGCGCCUCCUCGAGACCUAGACUCUAAGGCUUGUGUCACAAUCGGAGAUCAGAACUUUGUGGUGGAAGCUGAUGACCUGGAGCAGAUUGAAGAGCUGGGGAGGGGCGCCUACGGAGUGGUGGACAAGAUGAAACACGUCCCCAGUGGUGUAAUCAUGGCCGUCAAGAGGAUUCGUGCAACAGUUAAUAGUCUGGAGCAGAAGAGGCUCCUGAUGGACUUGGACAUUUCCAUGAGAACGGUGGACUGCUUCUUUACUGUGACUUUCUACGGUGCCCUUUUUAGAGAGGGAGAUGUUUGGAUCUGCAUGGAACUAAUGGACACGUCUUUGGAUAAGUUCUAUAAAAAGGUUAUUCAGAAAGGCCAGACGAUUCCAGAGGACAUCCUGGGCAAAAUCACAGUAGCAAUUGUCAAGGCUUUAGAACAUCUGCACCACAACCUCUCAGUGAUACACAGAGAUGUGAAGCCCUCCAAUGUCCUGAUCAACGCUCAGGGUCAGGUGAAAAUGUGUGACUUUGGCAUCAGCGGCCACCUGGUGGAUUCUGUGGCCAAAACAUUGGACGUCGGCUGCAAGCCGUACAUGGCGCCUGAGAGGAUCAACCCCGACCUCAAUCAACAGGGUUACAGUGUUAAAUCAGACAUCUGGAGUCUUGGCAUCACUAUGAUUGAGCUGGCCAUUCUGAAAUUCCCAUAUGACUCUUGGGGUACCCCAUUCCAGCAGCUCAAGCAAGUGGUGGACGAGCCGUCCCCACAGCUGCCUUCAGAUCGCUUCUCCCCAGAGUUCGUAGACUUCAUCUCGCAAUGCUUAAGAAAGAGACCAGAUGAAAGGCCGGCCUACACAGAAUUAAUGAAGCAUCCAUUUUUCACUCUGCACGACUCUAAAGAGACAGAUGUGGCCAGCUUCGUCAAGGUCAUCCUGGAUGAUUGAUGGGCUCAAUGCAGGCUCCACCUCGUCAACAUGUGGACCUGUCAUCGAAUCAAUGGCCCCUCCCAAUUUUUUUUUAAUGAGUAAAAAAAACAAAACUAAACUCACUGGAAUAAUAGACUCCCAAACGCUCCCAUUAUGGGAGGAUAAAUUAGACUGACAGCACCUCAGGACAGGGAGAGCGAUGGUAAAGUGAACUUAUGCGGUCACUCCUUUAAGCUUCGUGUGUGGGCAGCUCUCCAACUUGACAAAAUAUGAACUCGGUUCAAUCAGCUGUUUUGUAUUGGCCCCCAUAACACACACAUAUUCCCUCUAACUCCUCAGAGCCAGCUCAUUAUAUGUUUGUAACAUCUUGUUGAUGAAUUAUAUAUGCAAAAUCAACUCUUUUAUUUGGGUGUGCUGAAAGCUAUUUUUUGCAUAUUUAAAACGUUUUUCUCAUGAUAGUGAAGGUUUUGAUACUGUUUAUGGUUGAAGUGCGAAUACAACGACACCCAAGCCUUCUCUGUCUGACCUCCUUUUGCCAUGAUGUGAUUGGUCAGAACAAAGGCUGCAGCCUGUGGGAGGCUCAGGGGCGAAGAGAAAACUGAAUGAAAAUGUCAGAGGUUCACCUUCCGGGCAGGAGGAUUCAUUCCUGGAGUACUCGGCGUUGUGACUGUAAAGCAUCCCGUAUUGGCUUCGAUCAGAAGCAGCCAUCGCUCUGUAUUCAUCCCUCUCUGGUAUCAAAGAGUCAGCUCAAGUGUUGUGAUGUUACUACCUGAUAGUAUUCAGGGGUUUUCAUAAUCAAGCUUAAAGCUUGAUCUAUUUCUACGUGCCAUUUUCCAAGUUGUUCUGAUGUAAAACUGCAUUAAUUCUGUUUCCUAUUUUUGGACUUGCUAUGGUUUUGAUUUAUGUUUUAUCAAUAUUUCAAUGUUUUCUCUGCUUGUGCCCAUCUUUUGAAAUCAGAAGUCAGUUUAAUCUUUUUGUAUGAGGCACUUAUGUUUUUGUGUUUGAUUGUUCCAGAGAGCUUAAUAUGCCUUACAAAGAUGGUGUUUUAGGGAAGUAAUUUAUAUGCUGAAGAUGUAAAUAUUAUUCCCUAUUUUUUUUAUGUAACAUGACACUGUCUAAACCUGUCAGUGUAGCUGGAUGGAAGUUGUUAGUGUUAGUUUAAAUGCAGUGUGCCAGAUAUACACAGACUGUACUCAUAUGGCCAGCUGAAUAUCCUACAUUUAUAGGACUGCUGCUCUGGUUUUCUGUGCUCUCCCAUACUCUAUGCAGAGGCAUAAAUUAUUCCUGUCAGACUAUACAUACUAUGCAGAGGCAGUUUUCCUUUUCCUUUUCAGAAACCAAUGAUAAUACUAUAGCUGUCUGUGCAAUGUCUCUGGUAAGCUUUGCCACUUUCUUUUUGGAAACUAGUGAGUUGGUUUUCAUUAUUUGGAAUAAUAAGGGAACGCUAGCAAAACCUCAGAAGCUGCUGUUCUUGAAACCUUUUUUUUCUAUCAGUUGGCCUCCUUUUAGAUGGUCAAUCCUUUUAUGUAUAAAAGUCUUGGUUUUAUAUUUACACUGAUCACAGUAAGAAUGGAACACUUGCUCUACCUCUUACUUUUUCAAUCUUUUUGGCCGCUUUUCAUUGGGUGGCACUGACAAACUUGAACUAUAGAAAGACAAAAAAAAUAAAUAAAGGCUGUAUUCA